GAGCAGCAGCGUCGCAGCUUUCCUUAAGGCAUUGAUAAGACUCUUCUUCGACGUAGCCUUUUUCUGGCACAUGCGAUUAUGGGCGUGGUGGACUCGUAAAAGUCAAAAGGACAUUCAGCUGGAGUGUCUGAACACUGCUCGUUACUAUGAAGAGUGGGAAGCCGCAGCUUUCGCCUUGGACGAGCUCUACGGCAAUGACCUCUGGUUCGAGCUUUCCUCGCGCNGACAGAAUCCCUCUUCUAAACACUAUGACUAUCGCCUCAUCCACUCAAGGCUUCAGUACAUACUAGAGGCUCGCGAAGAUGAAGAUAUCCUCAGUCUAGUGAAUCUCCUGCGUUCUGGACUGGUCCGCAACCUAGGAAAUAUCACAGCACCUCGUCUGUUCAAUCGAGCUUAUGCUGGUACUAAGCUCCUGAUUGAAGACUACAUUACCCAGGUCGCACUCGCUGUCGAAUAUGUCACGGCCUAUCCUACGUCGCCGAUGUAUGACACCAGUCUGACCAACCAGGCCAAGCUCGAUCUUCUUCAUGAUACUCGACAAGCGUUUGGACGCAGUGUACUUGUUCUUCAAGGAGGUUCAAUCUUUGGACUAUGUCAUAUCGGUGUGGUAAAAGCCUUGCAUCUUCGAGGUCUACUGCCACGCAUCAUAUCUGGGACGGCGACCGGUGCUCUUAUGGCCGCUCUUGUCGGUGUACACAAUGAAGACGAACUGCUCAAAUUCUUGAGUGGCGAGGGUAUUGAUCUUACUGCUUUUGCUACACGUUCAGCUCAGAUGGCCAAGAAUGGAAACAGCGGUUUGAUACAGCACGGUUGGUUCUCGACAUGGUUCAGACGUGUCAAGCGCUUCGUCACCGAGGGGUAUCUGCUGGACGCUCAAGUGCUAGAAGAAUGUGUUCGCGCCAACGUCGGUGACUUGACCUUCAUGGAAGCUUAUCAACGAACUAAGCGUGUGCUGAACAUCACUGUGGCUCCGAUGGGUAACGGCAUGCCAAAUCUACUUAAUUAUUUGACAGCCCCAAAUGUGCUCAUCUGGUCUGCAGCUCUAGCAUCUAACGCGUCUGAUGUCCUCUACUCUCCGGUAACCAUGAAAUGCAAAGACGAGUCUGGCAACAUCGUUCCUUGGGCAUCCACUCACCCGACCAACCUACGCCCCUCGACACCACUUGGCUACGCCCCCGAGCGUGACUCUCCCCUCACCCGCAUCGCCGAACUUUUCAACGUAAAUCACUUCAUCGUCUCCCAAGCUCGUCCUUAUAUUGCACCUUUCCUUCGCAGUGACCUUCACAGUCCCAAACCUGGUUACAAGGGCAGAUCGUCCCUGACGACCAGUCUAAUGAAAGUCAUGGUCAUGGAAGUUCAACAUCGAUUGCAUCAACUAGACUCUCUGGGCUAUCUACCAGUACAUAUCCGCCGCUUCUUGCUGGACGAGAACAUUCCCGGUGCUUCUUUGACUCUGGUCCCCGAAGUAAACUUUACCGACUUCUUGAAACUGCUCGAGAACCCCACAAGGCAGAGUGUAGAGUACUGGAUCUUGAAAGGAGAAAAAAUGGUCUGGCCAGCUGUCGAUGCAUUGAAGGUCAGAUGUGCAGUCGAGGUAGAGUUGGAUCGAGGUUAUCAGAUUGUGAGAAGGAGGAAACCAUUUGACGCGAGUCCCAUAGCGUCGGCACAUGGAACUGUCAGGCUGGACAAAAAGGGCAUCAAGAAGAAAAGUUCGAACUCUGCGCUCGAG